UGAUUGACAUGCCCGACGUUUCAGUCAAUCAAAUUUUGGAUAUCAGACGCGCAACACUUGGCCGGACCAACAAAAAAAACAAAAUAUGCUGCUCAAACUCACACUGGCGCUCUGUCUGGCCCUGCUCAACACUGGCUGCUCGGCGAAGCCCCAUUUGCUGGCUGCCACGCCAGUUGGAUAUGCAACGCCGCCCGGCGGCACCUGGCUUGCUGCGACGGCAGCGGCAGCGGCGGUGCCUGUUGCCGGCUAUUAUCCGGCGUACGCCUCGUAUACGUAUACGCCGGUCUAUUAUGGCUCAUACGCCGCGUAUCCCGCCUAUUAUCCCGCAUACCUGAGGCGCUGAUUGCCUGUUGCUCUUUCAUAUACUUCAAUAUAUAUGCAACUAUAUUUAUAUGUAUAUGUCCAUGGGUGUAUGAAAUUGAUUAAAUUUAAACGCGCUUUGUGUGUGUGUGGUGUGUGGUGUGCGUGUGUGUGUGUGUGCAAGUAAAUCUCAUAUUUUACGCUGUUUUUACGUUGAUUCGAUUUAGCGGCUGCUGUAAAUAAAAUUUUAAAAAAACACA